AAAUCUGGAGCCAAAAGGUCGUGACGGAGGAAGAAGAAGAUCUGCUUCUGCAAAAAACCUUAUCCUGCUAUGGCUUCCACUUUCGUCUCUCUACCAAAACCUUUCUUUGCCUUCCCGGUCAAAACCACUACUCCUUCUACAGCUAACCAUAAGCUUCUCGGAAGUCGAAGAGGUUGUCUUAGAAUCAAAGCGAUUUCCACUAAAUGGGAACCGACAAAGGUUGUUCCUCAGGGAGACAGAGUUCUUGUUCGUCUUGAAGAUCUUCCUAUGAAAUCCUCAGGUGGAGUAUUGUUGCCUAAAGCAGCUGUGAAGUUUGAGAGGUACUUAACAGGAGAGGUUAUCUCUGUUGGUUCUGAGGUUGGACAACAAGUUGGGCCUGGAAAGAAGGUAAAAGUUCUCUUCUCUGACGUGAGCGCUUAUGAGGUCGAUUUGGGAACCGAUGCUAGACAUUGCUUCUGCAAAGAGAGUGACUUGUUGGCCCUCGUUGAGUGAAGUCUUGUCCAAGAGAAAGAGGAAACAUUUAAUGAUUUGAAGAUUUUAGAAGUUUCCUGUAAUUUUCAGACAGCAAUUGUUGUUUUCUGUUAAUCUUUCAAUUUGAUAUCAGUUGAGAUCACUUCCAGAUAGUCUCGACAUAGUUUUAUUCUCUUCUCUCAAGUAAUUCAUACAGCUUCUUUCUC